GUUGGCCGUGGGUAUGGAUGACUCUGCACGUCGCCGAGUCCACGUUGAAGGGCCGUUUCAGCCUUCGACCUUGUGAUUCUGGAAAGAUUCUGAUUUAUCUCUCAUAUUUGAAUUGACACUCCUUCUAGACAAUUGCUUCAUUCAGAUCUAGCACCUAUAGACUUGAUAGAUGAUUCCUACAGUGACGUCAUUCCUGUAGACAGAAUCUCAAUCAAUCACGACGCAAUUGCGAGUUGAAAGCAUUUCACUACAUAUUGCGAUCCAGAUCUCGUGGGGGGAUAUCUACCUACCGUUUACAGUAGACAUAAACGGAAGCAACCCGCCAUGGCGACCACCAAUGGCACCAGCUCUGCCCUUCCGGCGCUCCAGACCAACCCCAAGGCCAUCUUCUUCACCGACUUCGACGGCACCAUCACGCUGCAAGACAGCAACGACUUCAUGACGGACAACCUGGGAUUCGGCACGGCGCUGCGCAAAAAGGGCAAUGAGGACGUGCUCUUCGACCGCAAGUCGUUUCGCGACAGCUUCCAGGAGAUGCUCGACAGCGUCCAGACGCCCUUUGCCGAGUGCAUCAAGAUCCUGCUCGCCAACAUCAAGCUCGACCCCAAGUUCAAGGAGUUCCACAACUGGUGCGCUGCCAACAACGUACCUAUCGUAGUGCUAUCGGGCGGCAUGACACCCGUCAUCAAGGCCCUGCUGGCCCAUUUGGUGGGCGAGAAGGAGGUUGAGGCAAUGCAGAUUGUCAGUAAUGACGUGCAGGCGAGGCCCGGGAAGAGUAUCAACGAGGAGGGUGGGUGGACCAUCAAGUACCAUGACGAUAGCUCCUUCGGACAUGACAAGUCUCUCGAGAUAAAGCCGUAUGCUGCUCUGGCCGAAAGGCCCAUCAUGUUUUACGCCGGUGAUGGUGUUUCGGACCUGUCUGCGGCCAAGGAGACGGAUCUGCUGUUUGCAAAGGCCGGACGGGAUCUCGUGCAAUGGUGCGAGAGGCAAAAUGUGCCCUUCACCGUCUUCAACGACUUUUCCGACAUCUACAAGGUUGUUCAGAGCGUCAUCGAGGGUAAGACGAGUGUGCAGGAUGCGGCUACCGGCCGUGGUUGAAGGGUUACUGUGUUAUGAAAAUGACUUUGAUGGAUAUGAUAGAUCUUGGCUGAACGUGUAUAGAGACCCGAAAUAUAGAUUCUUCGUAGAUGAAUAGACAUAAAUGCUUUU